CGCUGGGAAAAGAAGAGGACGAGGGAAAGCACUCCUACCACUCACUACAAUAAUUCAGUUUAAUAUUAACUACUUUGUUCCGAUUUAAAUGUCUUGAAAGGAACUGCAGAUCAUACUUUAGAUAGCAUUAGAACACUUCCCCACUCCGCUCCCCUUAUCAAUCUAAGCAACACGACCUCCGCCUCCGCAUUCGCGUCGCGCCUCACUCGGAUCAUUGAAGGGAGCCUAUCCCCAGAUACCUGCUACUAUUUCAAGUUCAUGCCAUCUAAUUGAGAUCAUCGGAUAUGGGAAGCACCCUCUCGUCGCAGCCCAAGUGGCUGGUUCUGGCCAUUGCCAGUGGAACGUUCGCUGCGUUGAACGGAUUGUUUGCCAAGCUGACAACUACCGAAUUAACAACUUCGAUUUCCCUCUCUAUCUCGCACUUCUUACAUCUACCUGAUGAAUUCGUUGAAAUCGUUGUUCGAGCGAUCUGCUUCGCCCUAAACCUCAUCUCGAACUUCAUCAUGUGGGCGCUCUUCACGCGCGCACUGACUGCUUCGCAAUCAACCACCAAAGUAUCUAUCACCAACACCUCGGCCAAUUUCUUCGUCACCGCUCUACUGGGAAUGAUUGUGUUUAGUGAGAAGGUCCGUGGACUGUGGUGGGUGGGUGCUGCGAUGAUGGGUGCGGGAUGUAUACUGGUUGGGAUGAGAGAUGAGUCUGGGAAAGAAGACACGACCGCCGCUGAUGCGACUGGUAGGAGGACGGCAAGACUGAGUGAGGACGGAGUUGAAGGAGAGAAUGUUGCUUUGUUGGGGGGAGAUGAGGAUUUGAGCGAUGUGGAGGAAGAAGGGGGGUCCGGAAAGAGAGAAGGUCGUCGUGACAAUGGUGUGGUGAGGUUGUGAUUGUUUUACUGGGUUUGAUUUGAGCUCCGGCUGUCUGUGGCUCUAUUGUUGUAGGUGGCGUAAGGGGCAUUUGCACUCUA